AAGUAAAAUCACAUCACCUCCUUCCCGCCUCACUCACUCUCCUCUCACGAAGCAGAAGAAAGAAGAGAAACCAAACAAUGGCGACCCCGUACGGCAUCAAGUUGGCCGUACACCUCAUCACCAAUCACUUCGGCAAUCUCGUCGCCAAAGUGUGUGAGAAUCUUCUUCGAAGAGGACCUCUAACGCUCCAACAGGUAAUUCGGUACACGGAGCUCACUCCUCAACAGGUCAAGAACUCUCUUCUCAUCUUGAUCCAACACAAUUGCGUUCAAGCUUUCUCUCUCGAAUCACAAGGUGGUUUUGGAGAUGGGCCAAAAGCUAAUACCCAGUAUUUAGCGUUGUUUAGUAACAUACUCCAUCGCAUGAGGUUUCCCAAAUUCUUGGAGAUUGUGUCUCGUGAACUUGAUCAAGAAUGUAAAGAACUUCUUGAGGGUUUGCUUCAGAAUGGUAGGCUUACACUGGUGCAAAUGGUUGAAAGAGCCAAAUCGAAGAGAAAAGAUGGAUGUCGUGAAGAUGUUGUACAAGAAGGCCUUACUAAGCUUUUGGCUGCCCAUUUUGUUGAACGCUGCCCAGCCCCUGAACCACUUGUUCCUGAACCAGUUAAAGUAGAAACAACUUCCAAGAAACGAGGUGCUAAAUCUGCUAAGAUAAAUGAAGAGUCUGAGACCAUAGAACAACGUGUUCUAGCAGCAGCAGGGCCUAUGGAAGCACAAAGAUUUUCCAUGAUAACAAAUACCGAAUUUGACGUCAAUGGAGAAACAAGCACAGAUGAUUCCCCUAGUUUGAUUGUUGGAGAAAAGCGCAAGCGUGAUUCUUUGGAAUUGGAUAGAGAAUCUACAGCUGAAGAAGGGGAAGUAGUUCUUUGGCGUGCCAAUUUUGAGGAAUUUCUGCGUCGUCUUAGACAUAUGGCUUGCAUUGAGAAUGUGAGAGCAUCCCUGGAUGAUGGAGCUGUAAAAGUCUUAAAAGCAAUGCUGGAUGCAACUAGAGGUUUAGAGAAGAAAGUGAAAACAGAAAAGUCAGUUCCCCUAUCACUGGAUAACAUUUUUGAAGAGGUUAUAAAGAGUGAAGAAGGACGUGUUAUGACCUUAGACGAUGUUAGAGCUUCCCUUGUCCAGUUGGGUUGUCCUGCCUCUGCUAGAGGGACAGCUGACUCAUAUAGUAUCGAUUUGAAGAAAAUUAUUGAAUCAGCACAGAAUGAUGAGGUAGAAUCAAUUGUGUUGAAAAGAUAUGGAAGGGAUGCUUAUAGAAUUUUCAGAUUACUGUCAAAAAAUGGCCGCCUAGUUGAGACUGAUAAGAUUUCAGAUACCACAUUUGUGGAAAAGAAGGAUGCGCCCAAGAUUCUUUAUAAGAUGUGGAAGGAUGAGUACUUGCAUAUGGAGAAAUUAGUUUUAGCACCAAAUAGAAAUAUAUUGUUGUGGAAAGUAAAUAAGCGCCCUCUGUGGGAACAUGUAUUAGAUGAGAUGUUCCAUUCUGCUUUAAAUUUGAGUCUACGAGCGGCUUACGAAUGGGAUAAGGAAAAAGAGGUUAUAAACCCCCUUGAAGCUAUGACAAAAGAGGAAAGACAAAAACAAAAGAACAUCAGGAUUCUCCUGGAUUCAUCGCUGCUGAAACUUGAUGAUGCUAUCAUGCUUUUCCAUAACUUCUGAAUUUAUUAAGUCCUGCCUAUGACUGACAUAUCUUUAAAUGAAAAUGAGGGAUGCGUUAUGGGUAACACAUAACUUGUUCUCUUAUUUCCUUUACUUGGAUACAAAGCAAGUAUUUAUAGAACUAAUGAAUAAGAAAAUAGAAAACUUUAGAAUCAUAUUGUGUGCUUCGUGUAGUCUGAGUGUGAUCUAGGUUCCCCUUCCCCCAGCCCACCCUGUGGGGAUCAGUUUGUGUUUAUUGUCAUUUCUUUUUCAGUUGAUAGGUUCCAUUUUCUUUUCAAUUUUUUGUGGCUAGGCUUUGAAAAUUGGAGGGCCUCAUUGAAACAAAGUUGGUUCCAGAUGGACUCAUCUCUUCAAAUUUAGAGGUGUGCUGCACCCUGACAGAGUCUGGUGUGAACGAGAUUGGGCUGGAAAAUGGCACUUCCCUUCAAGGUUUUGGAAAGAAAUGAAAUGGAAUGGUUAGGGAAUAUAUUUCCCUUGGUAAAACCGUGGAAAUAGUGAGAAAACAGUUGAGGUGUGUGUUGAGUUUUGUUCGUUUGUUGUAAGUUAUAAAUUUUAUGAUUUUUUGUUUUUUCAAAAAAUAAAGUGAGCAUUUUGUUUAGGCA